UAAUCAAUAAAAGCUUUCGGGAGGCUCCUUUCGACGGUUACAGAUACCAGAUCACAUCCCCACUGAUCGACGCCGGCCACAUGGCCUACAAUUCGCUGUUCCUCGUGACAAUCUCAACUGUCCUCAUCUUCACCGUCGCCGGCCGUGUAAUCACCACCACUUCAUCAUCAGAUCUCGUCUCUGACGGCGUUCACGAUGAAUAUGGAGGUAUACUUCGUAUCAACCCCUUUGUAUCAGCUGAAGAGUCGGAAUCUUGCGAGCAGACGUAUGGAUUCAUGCCUUGCACCAACACAGCUCUUGGAAAUCUCUUCCUCAUUUUGGUUUAUGGUUACCUCAUGUUUCUCGCCGCUACAUAUCUCUCUGCUGGUAGUGAGCUGCUAUUGGAAAUUUUAGGGCCAGGUCUUGUUGGCGGUCUCUUGCUUCCUAGUCUCGGCGCUCUUCCUGAUGCUAUGCUUAUUCUCGUAUCUGGACUAUCUGGAACUGUUGAAGUUGCUCAGGAACAGGUCUCUGUAGGAAUGGGUUUAUUAGCUGGUUCGACGGUCAUGCUUCUUACUGUAAUAUGGGGAAGCUGCGUCAUCGUUGGCAAGUGUGAUAUACAGAACUCGGUUGCUAUAGAUAAACAAGAUACUAAAGGAUUUAGCUUAGUAGGCUCUGGUGUCAGUACUGAUAUUUGGACAAGCUAUUCUGCCAUGAUUAUGGCUGUAUCUGUACUCCCAUUUAUAGUUGUCCAGUUCCCACAAAUUAUGCAUUCAUCUUCUGGAAGACACUUGGCAGUUUUAAUUGGUUUUAUAGUCUCGGUUUCUUGUUUAAUUGCAUACUGCCUUUACCAGGUUCUGCAGCCUAAAUUGCAGAAGAGACGCCUUGCUUUUGCAAAGCAUAAGCAUGUAAAAUCAAGAUUUCUCCAGUACUUGAAGAAGCAUGCACUUGGAAGACUCUUAACCGAUCAAGGAGAACCUAACCGAGAAGUUAUGCAAAAGCUAUUUCACUCCAUUGAUGUGAACAAAAAUCAACAUCUUUCACGUGCUGAACUAAGGGCACUCGUUGUCGGAAUGCAAGUAUAUGAAAUAAAUUUGAAUGAAGAUGAUGCUGUUGAUAGAGUUAUGAGAGAUUUUGACAAGUCUGAAAAUGAUGAGAUUGAUUUUGAGGAAUUCAUGAAUGGAAUUGGAAAAUGGCUUCAGGAGGCCAAGGGGUCCAAAGUAGAUGUUCAUAUUGCUGGUCCUGACACAUUGAAGUACAUUCAUGACUAUUAUGAGGAGGCUAAGAAAGAACAUGAUCUUCUGGGGGACGACGCUGGUGAAGACGAAGAAGAGGGGGUAGAUGAUCCUCGCCGGACAACCAUAAAGGCCGUCCUAUUUUUGUUACUGGGCUCUCUUAUUGCAGCUGUGGUUGCUGAUCCUCUUGUAGAUAGCGUUGGCAAUUUUUCUAAUGCUACCGGUAUCCCUUCUUUCUUCAUCUCAUUCAUUGCAUUGCCUUUAGCAACCAACUCCAGUGAGGCAGUGUCUGCAAUCAUCUUUGCCACCCGUAAAAAGAAGAGAUCUGCCUCUCUUACAUUCUCAGAGUUAUAUGGGGCAGCAACCAUGAACAAUGUACUUUGCCUAUCGGUAUUCUUAGCUCUUGUUUACAUGCGGGGAUUGACGUGGGAUUUUUCGUCAGAAGUCCUGGUUAUUGUGAUUGUUUGCGUUGUGAUGGGCGUCUUUGGUAGUUGGCGAACCACCUUCCCUCUAUGGACAUCUUUCAUCGCUUUCUUUCUCUACCCGUUUUCCCUCAUCCUCGUAUACGUUCUUGACUAUGUUUUUGGUUGGUCAUAGAUUUCAAAUCUUUUUCGGCAUUACAACCAUCUUCAUCGUCACAAGUGAGAUUAGGUAGAAACUAAAAGUUAUGAGAACCUUAAUUUCACUGCUUUUGUUUAUCCGUAUUUAGCCGAUUUGCUGUCAUCUUGUUCUGUAACUAUUACUAAAAGAACUUCAAAAGGCGUUGGUUUGGUCCAGCACAAUCUUUAGGUUUUUCUGUUGCCA